GCUGCCACAGUAGCUGACUGGUCACCCUGCCACCCAGUGCUCACACCCUCUGGCCAGUGCCUGGCUAUGGCCCGACUGCUCAGGUCUGCAACCUGGGAGCUGUUCCCCUGGAGGGGCUACUGCUCCCAGAAGGCAAAGGGAGAGCUCUGCAGGGACUUCGUAGAGGCUCUGAAGGCCGUGGUGGGCGGCUCCCACGUGUCCACUGCCGCGGUGGUCCGAGAGCAGCACGGGCGCGAUGAGUCGGUGCACAGGUGCGAACCUCCUGAUGCUGUGGUGUGGCCCCAGAACGUGGAGCAGGUCAGCCGGCUGGCAGCCCUGUGCUACCGCCAAGGUGUGCCCAUCAUCCCAUUCGGCACCGGCACCGGGCUUGAGGGUGGCGUCUGUGCUGUGCAGGGCGGCGUCUGCGUUAACCUGACGCAUAUGGACCGAAUCCUGGAGCUGAACCAGGAGGACUUCUCUGUGGUGGUGGAGCCAGGCGUCACCCGCAAAGCCCUCAACGCCCACCUGCGGGACAGCGGCCUCUGGUUUCCCGUGGACCCAGGCGCGGACGCCUCUCUCUGUGGCAUGGCGGCCACCGGGGCGUCGGGGACCAACGCGGUCCGCUAUGGCACCAUGCGGGACAACGUGCUCAACCUGGAGGUGGUGCUGCCCGACGGGCGGCUGCUGCACACGGCGGGCCGAGGCCGGCAUUUCCGGAAGAGUGCAGCCGGCUACAACCUCACGGGGCUCUUCGUGGGCUCCGAGGGGACGCUGGGCCUCAUCACAGCCACCACCCUGCGCCUGCACCCUGCCCCUGAGGCCACAGUGGCCGCCACGUGUGCGUUCCCCAGUGUCCAGGCUGCUGUGGACAGUACCGUACACAUCCUCCAGGCUGCAGUGCCCGUAGCCCGCAUUGAGUUCUUGGAUGAAGUCAUGAUGGAUGCCUGCAACAGGUACAGCAAGCUGAAUUGCUUAGUGGCGCCCACACUCUUCCUGGAGUUCCAUGGCUCCCAGCAGGCACUGGAGGAGCAGCUGCAGCGCACAGAGGAGAUAGUCCAGCAGAACGGAGCCUCUGACUUCUCCUGGGCCAAGGAGGCCGAGGAGCGCAGCCGGCUUUGGACAGCACGGCACAAUGCCUGGUACGCAGCCCUGGCCACGCGGCCAGGCUGCAAGGGCUACUCCACGGAUGUGUGUGUGCCCAUCUCCCGGCUGCCGGAGAUCGUGGUGCAGACCAAGGAGGAUCUGAAUGCCUCAGGACUCACAGGAAGCAUUGUCGGGCAUGUGGGUGAUGGUAACUUCCACUGCAUCCUGCUGGUCAACCCUGAUGACGCCGAGGAACUGGGCAGGGUCAAGGCUUUUGCAGAACAGCUGGGCAGGCGGGCACUGGCCCUCCACGGAACGUGCACGGGGGAGCAUGGCAUCGGAAUGGGCAAGCGGCAGCUGCUGCGAGAGGAGGUGGGCGCCGUGGGCGUGGAGACCAUGCGGCAGCUCAAGGCCGUGCUAGACCCCCAAGGCCUCAUGAACCCAGGCAAAGUGCUGUGAAGGGGGUCUGAGCACUUAGCCCACAAGUUCCCUGACUACGGAGCCGGUUCUGGAACUGUUCUUCAUGCCACGGCCCCUGCAAGGGAAUAGACGCUGAGGCAGUCUUCCUGCCAGCGAGCCCACUGUAUCUGGGCCCAAGGCCAGAGGGCCCAGAGAGAAGCCUGAGCACCGUGUUACCUCCCUGGCCCUCUGGCUGGCCCCAGGAGCCUUUGGUUCAGUAAACGACCCAGGGUGGUUCCCAGCAAAGCUGCUUCCUCUCUGCUCCUACGCAUCCUGUCCUGGCUGGAAGAGACCGUCUGGGUCCAUUCAAGACUCUGAUGACACCCCUCCCCGAGGCCUCCCACUGCCGGGGUCCCAGGACCCUUCCCCCUUCACCUGGUGACAGGAACACUCCUUUCCUGGUAUGGAACGUGAGCUCCCGUGACAUGAUGAUAGGUCUUCUCCUUGGGGCCUCCCCCAAUAAAUCUGUAAUAAACCUGAAACCCACCUAUA